AUGCUGAGCCAGGAGUUCUUGCAGAAGCUGGUACUACCGGAUAUGGAUUAUAUCAGUCAGUACAUUAGAGGUCUCUCCACAUCUACAUUAAUCAGCAUGGGGGCGAUCACAGCUGCAACCACCUUCUACAUGGCAACACGACCAAAGGCCCUGCCACCUAUCUGUGACCUUAAUAUGCAGUCUGUAGAAAUUCCGGGUGAAGAGUAUAUACAUCAAUCACCUCUGAUAAAUGGUGAUGAUCUCCUCUCACAUAUUUAUGAUGAUGCAAAAACAAUGUAUGAAUUUUUCUUGAGAGGCGCUCAAGUAUCGAAUAAUGGUCCAUUUUUGGGCUCCAGGAAACCCAAGGGUCCUUAUGACUGGAUGACCUACCAAGAGGUAAUAGAAAGAACAGAAAAUCUAGGGUCUGCUUUUCUUCAUAAAGGACACUCCAAGACCACUGAUCCGAACAUUGGCAUCUUCUCUCAAAAUAGACCUGAGUGGACUAUCACAGAGCUGGCGUGCUACACCUAUUCCCUUGUGAGUGUCCCACUGUAUGACACCCUUGGUGCAGAGGCCAUCAACUACAUUAUAGACAAAGCCUCCAUCUCAACCAUUGUAUGUGAUGUGGCAGAAAAAGUCAGCCUGGUACUUGACUGUGUACAGGACAAGGAACACACUGUGAAAACCGUUGUUGUAAUAGAAAGACCCAGCGAUGGGCUGGUGGAAAGAGGCAAGCAGGCAGGAAUUGACAUCCUCAGCCUACACGAGAUGGAGGCCAUUGGAAAGGCUAACUAUCACCAACCCAUGCCUCCCACACCUGAAGAUAUGGCCGUCAUCUGCUUUACGAGUGGAACAACAGGAAGCCCUAAGGGAGCGAUGUUGUCACAUCGGAAUAUUGUUUCCAACUGCUCAGCCUUUGUUAAACUAACACAGGUGAUCAUUGUUCAGAGAGAUUUCUCAUUUGUCGUUUUACAGCUGGAUGUCCAUAUUUCAUUUCUUCCUUUGGCUCACAUGUUUGAGAGAGUUGUGCAGGGAGUGAUGAUGGUUCAAGGAGCCAAGAUUGGAUAUUUCCAGGGAGAUAUUCGUCUUCUGAUGGAUGACCUCUGUACACUAAAACCUACUGUGUUUCCAGUGGUCCCUCGACUUCUUAACAGAAUGUAUGAUAAGAUCUUUGGGCAGGCCAAUUCUUCUGUGAAGCGGUGGCUGCUGGAGUUUGCAUUCAGACGGAAGGAGGCAGAGAUGUUAAAAGGCAUUGUGAGGAGAGAUAGCAUAUGGGAUAGAUUUAUCUUCAGAAAGGUUCAGGCUAGUCUUGGAGGUCACGUACGUCUCAUGAUAACUGGGGCUGCUCCCAUUUCACCUACUGUUCUAACUUUCCUCCGAGCUGCUUUAGGAUGCCAGUUCUAUGAAGGCUAUGGACAGACAGAGUGUACAGCUGGCUGCACCAUGACCAUGCCAGGCGACUGGAGUGCAGGUCAUGUUGGUGCUCCCCUGCCUUGUAACUCUAUCAAGUUGGUUGAUGUGGCUGAAAUGAACUACCUGGCAGUAAACGGCGAAGGAGAGGUGUGUGUGAAAGGUCCCAACGUGUUCCACGGUUACCUGAAAGAUCCGGAGAAGACUGCAGAAACUAUUGAUGCGGAUGGAUGGGUUCACACUGGAGACAUUGGCAAAUGGCUUCCUAAUGGCACUCUAAAGAUUGUGGAUAGGAAGAAGCAUAUCUUCAAACUGGCACAGGGAGAAUACAUAGCCCCUGAGAAGAUAGAGAAUAUCUAUGUGCGGAGUGAUGCAGUGGCACAGGUUUUUGUGCAUGGAGACAGUCUACAGGCUUUUCUGGUAGCAGUGGUGGUUCCAGACCAGGACUUCCUGUGCGGUUGGACAAAGAGGACCAUGGGAGUGGAGGGCAGCUACAACGAACUUUGCAGUAGAGUGGAUGUUAAGGCAGCCAUAUUGGAGGACAUGGUACGACUCGGAAAGGAAGCAGGCCUCAAGUCCUUUGAACAGGUGAAGGCCAUAUAUGUCCACACUGAGUUAUUUUCAAUCGACAAUGGGCUGCUCACACCAACACUGAAAGCCAAAAGGAAUGAACUGAGACAAUACUUUAAAUCCCAGGUAGAUGAGCUAUACACCAGCAUCAAGAUGUAA